CUGCCUGUUCCAACAGUAACAGAGAAGUAAUGCUGCAAGAAGUAAUUGGCGUUCAUCUAGUACGGAACUAUGUGAUAUUGAUACUGCUUCAUAGCAUCAAUUCAAGUUUUACAUCACCAACUCAUCAAGUUUUAGAAAAAAGUGAAGUGGUGCCCAGCAAACUUAAAAUGAAACUGAAAGAUGCAUCUGAAGCUAUUUUAAAUUUCUUCAGGCCAGUGACCUGCCGUCACAAAGAAAAAGGCACCUUGGUUCCUUGUGCUGUAGGAGGGAGCAUUAACAGAACUGAGUGCUUGGAAAAUAAAUGUUGUCCUUCCAAAGACAGACAUGAACUGGCAUGUUAUGUCCCAUUUAAAGACAAUCUGCAACUGACAUUUCGACUGUUUGUGCUUGGGGCAGUAGGAUUUUUUAUUUUGGGGUGUCUGCCAUCGUGUUGCUGUGUCUGUUUGCAAAGGAGUCCAUGUGUCAAUCCUUUACGAAGGGCAAACAAAGAAAUAGAGAAAAUUGUGCGGAAGAAAAGAGCACGUAGUGAAGAUAUGCAUAGGUUGUUACCGGAUUAACUUAAAGACUCUGAGGACCAUAAACACAAGAAAAAGGUAAACUAAAUUUGGUGUGUUUCUUUGUUCUUUCAGUUUAGUAUUGUUAUCUGCCUAUCGAUU